AGAGGCGUUGGUUGCCAUAGUAACGACAGCCCGACACAAACGCCCUAAGCAGCACGGAGACAGGAAACAUGACGCCGCCGGCGAAAAAGCUGAAAUAUUGAAAUACAAGCCGUGAAUUAUCGAGCUAUUCCUUAUAAUUGAAAGACAGUAAAGUUAAAAAAAUAAAUCGACACGUGAAAGACUGACUGUGCUAUCCGUUAAACCAAGGAGAGCACAAGAAGAAAGUCUUUGUAAAAAAAAAAAGAAAAAAGACAAAAAAAAAAACGAAAGACGGAGGAGGAAUACCUGAGACACCAGAAAGAAGAGACAUGAAUUUAAAUGACUUUGUGGUGCUCCCUAACAACAAGGCGAAAUCCGUCAAGCUCAAUGCCAGGAACCUGCAAGAACUGCAGAUGGAGACGGUGACUCUGGCCCAGGAGAGCGAAGAGAUGGAGGAGAAACUGCAACAGCUGAAAGAGAGCAUGAGUAAAGAGAAGGAGGAGAGAGGGCAUUCUGGAGGAUUUAGAUGGAAGUCUGGACAAUGUGUUUCUUUAAACAGCAAUGCUGUAACAAACACCACGAAGAAGGACAAGGAAAACAAACUCCAAAAGCUGUCAGCAGGCAAGUUGAAGAUCCGAGUGCUGAAGGAUGAACCGCUGACAGCCCCACCUCAGCCAGCGCCUCCACCCCCACCUCCUCCCAUCGGUCUUCGAACGACAAGAAAAAACAGGCUGAGGGGAACAUGCUGUGGACAAUGUGAAGUCAAGACUGCUGGACUAAGGUGUGCUGAAUGCACAGAGGACUACUGCGUUGGCUGCUUUGCUAAAUUCCACCAGAAGGGGGCACUGAAGCUCCACAGAAUGAUCCCCAUUCAGGGCGUGGUGUGUGGUGGCGUUGUACUGGAGUGCAUCAUAUUGAAUGUUAAGCCAGGGUACCUGGAACACAGGCGGACAGGAGAGAAGAGAACUUGCAGACUCCACUUGAACCCAGAACCUUUUCGCUUUCUCUGUGAGACAGAUCUACAGACUCAUGUGAGCACUCUGGAUGUUGUCAGCAGCUUCCAGAAACAGAUAAACCCUGGCUCCCAUCCUGGUACCUUUACAAGUUUUAAUCCCAGUUCCAAACCCAAUCCCAAUCGCACCAUCAAGUCCAAUGCAAUUACCAUACAAGAAGCUCAGAGCCCAGAGAAAGGAUCUAAGGCUGGGGCAAAAACUAUGCAAUUUCACCCUGAUCCCAGUCAGGUGUUGGCUGUGAAUCAGAAAACAGUGGAAUUGACUGAAGAGGGUCCGAAAAGGGAGGAUGCAAUGGGAUUUCCUGCAUCUCUUCUCAGAGGAGAGUACAAUGAAGAAGAGUCUGCAAGAUCUUUCCAGGAGGCUCUCAGACAGUGGAGAGGAGAGAAGAGUGACGGAGCAGAAGAGCCCAGGAGUGAGGAGGCAAUGUGGACACCUGUCCGGCCAGGUGACCUGCAAACUGCAUAG